GCUUGUAAUACGACCGUUGAUAUUCAAAUUUCAAAUUCUACAUCUCCUCUUCUGCUGCGUCUACCCAAAUCUCCCCCAAGAAAAACAAAACCCUAGGAAAUAUAAAUAAAUUUAUCCAACAAAAUCGUCUCCAUAGAGAACAUCAAAUCCUUCAAGAGACCAUGAAAUCAAUUAGUACAACUCCCAAUUCCUCACUUAAAUCUACCACCACCAUAGAACUCAACCAAUCGGAAACCCGGGAUAGCUAUUAUUUUCCGGGAUGUCGAAAAGAUGCGAGCUGUAAAUGUGAAAUCUGCAUUGCCAGCAUCAAUUCCACUCUUGAUUUGAUGCCACAAAGUGCUAGCAAAAGCUCAUUCACCAAAAUUUAUCCCUCAAAACAGAUGAUUCCAAGAAGCCCUGUUUCUGUUAACAAAUCGUCUCUUCUUUUAUCGACACCCAAAUCUAAAUCGAGCGUUCCAGUUCGAUCUUUCUCGGCUUCACCACCACUCAAUUCCACUGCAAGAACGAGUUUUCAAGAAAAGAUUAAGAGAAGAAAGAGAGAUCUGGGAUAUGGGGUUUUCAUGGUGAGGUUGAUUUUGGGUUUCAUCAUAAUUUUUGCUGCAGAAUAUGGAUUUUCGUGUAUGGUUUACGGGGUUUUAAAGCCCAAAUUGUCAUCUGAUAUUGUUAAGAAUUUGGGUGAAAAAUCAUGGGUUUUCGAGGACUUUAAUGAAAGAUUAUUGUUCUUGAAGAACGAGUUACAGGGCUUUGUUGAUAAUAAGGUUUCUACUUGUGUUGAUUCAGUAUGGAAAAUAAAUCAGGAUGGUUUGCUGUUGAAUUCUCGAUAUACUUUAUAUAAAUCCUCAACCGAGGAGGUGAGCAUUUGGGGAUGGCCAUUGCAAACUGCUGGAUUGCUCACAGCAGAAUUCUCUUCAAGAUCAUUCACGGUUAUAUCAGGGAGAGUUACAGAGUGGUCUAAUGGAGGAGAGUUGAGGUACCUGAUGAAGAAGGCCAACAGUUCAUGGACACAAGGAAAAUGGAGUGCCAAUGCNCAGUGGUCUAAUGGAGGAGAGUUGAGGUACCUGAUGAAGAAGGCCAACAGUUCAUGGACACAAGGAAAAUGGAGUGCCAAUGCGGUGCAGUUUGAUCCAAAUACUUGGCUUCUCGAGUAUCGACGACACUUUCUCAUUGAAAAUGCAAGAUUGGUUUCAGCAUCUAUGGAGUUCUUGAAAUUUAGGCUAGUUAGAGAGAUUGAAAGGAUGAAGCAAGAAUUUUGGCUACUCUAUGCUUUUGGAACCCAAUUUGCUGAUUACAGAUUAGAGAGUAGCCCAAUCCCUACUUGAUUAUAACCAACUUCUUAUAAGAAUCUAUUCAAUUCUCAUUCCUCGUGAGAAAUUUUUAAAUAAUUUUCAAUCUUCAAUGUAUUGAAUGCAGAAGUGCAAUGUAAUAGAAUCUUUUUGCUUAUGAGUUUAGAAGAA